AUGAGUCUGCCCCUGUCAGCACAGCGGUACGAAAAGAAAGAACUGGUGGGACGCGGCGCCUAUGGAGUAGUAUACCGAGGACGCGACACGGUCACCGGCGGCAUUGUGGCCAUCAAAAUCCUCAAUCUGGACAUUGAGGACGACUUUAGCGACAUGCAGCGCGAGAUAAACCUACUGUCGCAGCUGCACUCGCCGCAUAUUGCGCAGUACUACGGGUCAUUCAUCGAGUCUUCGCGGAUGUGGAUCAUUAUGGAAUAUGCGUCGGGAGGCAGCAUCCACAAGCUGAUGCAGGCAGGACCCAUUGAGGAAAAAUACACGUCCAGCAUCAUGUACGGCGUCCUCCUAGCCCUCGACUACCUGCACACGUCGGGCAUCAUGCAUCGCGACAUUAAGGCAGCCAAUGUGCUGGUGACCGACGAGGGCGUGGUGCAGCUGUGCGACUUUGGCGUUGCACGGCAGGUCUUGCAGGCAUCGGCCAAGUCGUACUCGUUCGUCGGCACGCCAUACUGGAUGGCGCCCGAGGUCAUCCAAAAGGGCCAGGUGUAUGACUUUAAGGCCGACAUCUGGUCACUGGGAAUCACCGCAUAUGAGAUUGCCACGGGAAUGCCACCGUACGCUGAAGAGGACCCAAAGCGCGCGCUUUUCCUAAUUCCGCGCAAGGGCCCUAAGCAACUGAACCCCGAGCAGGCUGGCAAGGACAUGCGCGACUUUGUCGAUAAGUGUCUGCAGAUUGACUUUACAAAGCGGCCCUCUGCCCAUGAGUUGCUCAAGCACAACCGUUUUGUGCGUGCGGGUCACGGAAAGCAGGCUGCGCGUGUCUCCGACCUUAUCUCGCGGCACAAUGACUGGCUGCACCGCCGCAUACGAACGGUCCUCGAACGCGUUCCCUGA